CAAGCUCCAGUCUAUCAGACAAUUCGAGACCAACAUCACCGAGCCAUACCCCUCGGUAAAAAAACACCCUGGAGGCAUCAUAGCAAAACGCACCUUAUCUUCACCAGCCAUGUCCCUCAACGAUCUUCCCACCGAGCUCCUCCUAAACAUCCUUUCCUUCCUCGACAAUCUCGACCAUGUGUCUUCGACCAACCGAACUCUCUCAACCACCUCCAGAGACCUACAGGUCAGUCAACUCCGCGGCAAACUUGCCCAAAUCCCGCACGCCGACCUUCUCAUGAGAAUCUGGUCUCCGCCGUCAUUCUUCCGGCGUGAUGGCUACGGCCGUCGUCAAACGCAACACGUCCACGCCUCGCAACCACAGGACCUAAUCAAUAUGCUCUGCGAUCCUGCCGUGGUCCCACGGGUCGAAGCGUACAUCGACAGUCUGCACAACAAAGCUCGAGUCGCCCAGCAAGUGGCCGAGUUCCUCGUCACCAUGGUCAGCUUCAACGGCUUCCGCAACCACGACGACCGCAUGUCCUUUGCUUCCACCGUGGUCAUACAUCUCUGGUCUGCCCAGCAACGCUACAGCCACGACACCGACGGCUACAUCGCGAGCCUCCUGGAGGGAUACGUCUUCCGCGACCUGUGUGCACGUGACCAGUAUCUGAUGGAUCUGUCGGCGGACACACAGGGCUGGCUUGUUGCCUGCUAUAACGCCCUGAGCCAAUACCUUAGACCGCCGUUUGUUCGUCGUGAGCAGCAUGGUGAAGGAAUGUGGCUGCAGAGAGCGAUUGCAAGGGGUGGUAUGCAAGCAGUGCUGGGCAUGCUCCACCAAAGGGCCGGCCGCCAUUAAACUACGAUCUACGGGUUCUACCGACUAGAUUUCACCCCACAAACCAUUUCCAUAGCAGCUAUGUAACUCCUACGACAUGUGGGGGAGGGGAGGAAAUGUGUGGUCUAAUGUUCUCAUUAUCUGUUUACUGUUGCUUUUAUUUCGUUAUCGAAUUCAUGUUUUGCGUCGCUCUGGUUUGUGUGCGGAUGCCUGCGUUGCUUUUUCCUUCCACAGGCAUCAGUGGUCUAGUAGUAGAUACCUAAGAUGCCGGAAGAUAGAUAUAAAACCAUAAGUCAGC